AUGGCUAUGAUCUAACAAUUUAUGGCACUUUAAACAAGAUUUAUAGACAAAGCAUUCAUAAACAAUAGCAGAACAUUAAUGAAAGAAUCAAUCUAAUUUUUGGAGGUGAAUUAGUUUGGGCUUAAGCCAAAUUUUCUAGGGUGCAUUAGAUUAUUAAACCACAUCAUAGUAAAACAAUAGGAUUUUAUAUAUUAUUUGGGCCAUCCUUCCCAUAAGAUAGUCAAUUUAUAUAUACAAUAGGAUCAAACAAUCCUGUUAUUACAUUUAAGGGCUCAUCUCAAACAAAAAGAGUAUAUGAAAGAAUACAACAUUCAUCAUCAUCAUUAACUAUUUAAUGGGAAUGUUAUGGGCCUAAUAAUGAACCUAAAAAUGCAUAUUGUGGAUUUUAUAAUUAUUAUAUAGCAGUACAUUAUUGUAAGCCUUAUUGUGAAAAAUGUACAAGUCAAAAUGAUUGUACAUAAUGGGAUAAUAGCUACGAUCCAAAUAUAAUUAAAUUUUCUUAAGCAGAUUGCGAUAGUAAUUAAUAUUUUGAUAAAAAUGCUUUAAAUUGCUUUAUAUGUCCCUCUACAUGUUUAACAUGCUCAUCUUAAUUUCACUGUUUAACUUGUUAAGAAUCAUUUAUAAAUUCUAAAUAAGGUUGUGUAUGCAAAAACAAUUAAUAUCAGUAUUCUAAUUAUUGUUAUGAUUGUCCUAUAGAAUGUUAAUAAUGUGCAAACUCUCAAUGGUGCACUGAAUGCUAUUAAAGUCAUAACCGUAUUUAUUCUAAUGGUUAAUGCUAUUGUAAAAAUGGAUAUAAUUCUUUUGAUUCUGAUCCAAUUUGUUAUAAAUGUUUAACACAUUAUUGUCAUGUUUGUGAUUAAGUUGAUGGAAUAAAAUGUUAUACUUGUUAACGUGGUUAUCAAUUAAUUUAAAACAAUUGCUUUUCUAUUUGUGGUGAUGGAAUAAAAACUAUAGAUGAAUAAUGUGAUGAUGGGAAUUUAGUAAGAGGAGAUGGAUGUUUUGCUUGUAGAUAUGAUUGCGAUCAUUCCUGUUAACUUUGCCAUAAAGGAAUCUGUUUAGAAUGUUAUGAUGGCUACAUUUUGA